CAUCACUUCAAGCUGAGCUUCGACCCACACACCCCACCCAGCACCUACGUCGACCCAGCGCUAACCCAGCACACUCGUGACUAUAUGCUCUCACUGGCACCACGCAUGGAGCUUGAUGCUUCUACAGCAAACCCAACGGACGUAGCCGCAUGUGCACUUCAUCUCGCAUGCUUCGCGACUAAAGGCAAGGACUAGGAUCUGUCAAGGAUCGAACGAGGUGCUGUGACUGCGUGCACUGCGAUAACGCAAUCAUGGCGACCGCCAAGAUCGCAACACUACUGAUCCGGACCAUCGCCAAGCCGAUCGCUACGCAGCUCAAAUCGCAAGCAGCUCAGCACGACACAUUCAAAAAGAUAUGCGUCAACCUAGCGCAGGGCAUGCAUCGUAGCGAGAUGGCUCUGCGCUCCAAUCUGAUGGGAGGAACAGCGGCGCAUACCAAAGUAAGACCUCUGAACGAGAAAAAGGCAAUCGAGAAUGGCGCAACUGCUAUUUCGGAGGGAUUCCUCUUCGCAAUCGCUGCCGCGCUCAUCAUUGGAGAAAGCUAUAGGAGUAGCAGCAGCAAUAGAAAACAGAGGGAUAGGACAGAAAUGGCGGUGGAAGACAUUAGGGAUGCUAUCGAGAUGCUGGGCAGCAGAUUGGGAGUGGAGAAGGAGAGCCUGUGGAGGAAUGGACGGCCGCUCGAGGAUGUUGAAGUUGAUGCUGCUGAAGAGGCGCCAUCCUCUUCAACCUCGUUAGUACAUCCACAAAAUGACGAAGCUGGUCCCAAUACAAGCACCUCCACAGAAUCAGUCAAAGCACCCGCCAAAAUCUUCGCCGGCGCCGCACACAUUUCUGAAUUAGAGUCUGACAGGGAACGCUUGCAGCACGCAGUCGCAGUCUUGCUCCGCUUAGCGCUCAAGUCGGGCUGGAUCGAGGGUCCAGAGGCACUGCGUCUCGACCGGAUCUUGCAGAGGGGAAACAGCGCCGACGUGGCCGGUUCCGCGCAGCGCACCUCAAACGAUGCUACUUCGGAGGUUCCAAUUCCUUCAAGUAGACGUCCUUCCGCAGCCUCGCUCGACCUGCACUCUUCAACAUCUUCCGCUGCUACAUCUGCAUCAGGCGCUCAUCUGCCUACGCCUGAGGAGACGUCGCGAUCUACCAUUAUCUCUGAAGUAGCCAGGGCUCGCGCGGCAGAGAUAGCGAGGGAGGUGAGAUCUGGAGCACCCGAUGGCAACAAUUCUUCGCUCGCCGAGUUGCUAGAGAGAGCAGGGCUUAGUGAGACCACCGCUUCCGAGACAAGACAAUGA